AUGCAUCAUCGUAGAUUACAGCUCAUCCAACAUUUCUCGCCUAGCAUCAGCGGGUUGUUCAAAGCUAGUAACUCAAGCACAUGCUUAACACACUCUCUCGCCAUAUCAUCGCAGUGGGUAGAUGAGACUAGAGUAAGCAGGCUUGAAUCUGACUUCCAACAACUCUGUUCUGGAACUUCUAAUCUCAGGCAAGGGAAACAAGUUCAUGCCCAGUGCAUAUUCCAUGGACUACUCGAUAAUGGGGUGCUGGGGCCAAAGAUAUUGGGGAUGUACGUACUCUGUGACAGCUUCAGGGAUGCUGUCAAAAUGUUCUAUCUGGUCCCGUUACAUUAUACCAUGCCUUGGAAUUGGAUAAUCAGGGGAUUGAAUAAACUGGGUCGCUUUGAUUUGGCCUUACUGUUCUACUUCAAAAUGUGGACUUUUGGGGUUUCUCCUGAUAAUUACACUUUCCCUUCUGUAGUGAAAACCUGUGGUGGGUUGAACAAUGUGGCACUGGGUAAAUUAAUUGAAGAUGAUGUUUUUGACAUGGGUUUUGACCUGGAUAUGUACAUGGGUAGCUCGUUAGUGAAGUUAUAUGCUGAGAAUGGGCAUCUGCAGGAUGCUCGUGUACUGUUCGAUAGAAUGUCUCAGAAAGAUUGUGUUCUGUGGAACGUGAUGCUUGGCAGUUUCACAAAAUAUGGGGAGUCGGGUAGUGCACUGAAAGCAUUUAAUGAGAUGCGAAAUUCGGGAAUCAAACCCAACGCAGUUACGUUUGCUUGCGUUCUUUCUGUUUGCUCUGCAGAUGCAAUGAUUCGAUUUGGCUCUUUUAUUCAUGGGCUUGCUGUUACUUCUGGGUUACAGUAUGAUCCUCAUGUUGCAAAUACACUAGUCUCCAUGUAUUCUAAGUGUAGACGGUCGGCUGAUGCACGUAAACUGUUUGAUAAACUGUCGCAGACUGAUUUGGUUAAGUGGAAUGGCAUGAUGGCUGGACUGGUGCAACAUGGGCUUAUGGAAGAGGCUUCAAAUUUGUUUAGUGAGAUGAUAUCUGCAGGUGUUAAACCAGAUAGAGCGGACGUUAGCAAUUUUUCUUCCAUCACUCGGGGUAUGGUGGCUCUGAAACUGGGCAAGGAAUUGCAUGGCAAAAUCCUGAAGGAUGGGCUAGUAUUAGAAGGUAAUGCUCAUCUAGAAAGUGCUGUUAUGGACAUGUAUGCAAAAUGUGGAAGGCUGGAUCUUGCUCACCAAAUUUUCAGAAGAAUGCGUGUAAAGGAUGUUGUUUGUUGGAACUCCAUCAUCACUAGCUGUACCCAGAACUGUAAACCAGAAGAGGCCAUAGAACUGUUCCGGCAAAUGGGGGAAGAAGGACUAACAUAUAACCAAGUGAGCAUGUCUGCUGCUUUAUCAGCUUGCACAGACUUGUCCUCACUCCAUUAUGGGAAACAGAUACACACCAUUUUAGUCAAGGGCACAGUUGCUCGUGAUGUAUUUGCCCAAAGUGCAUUGGUAGACAUGUAUGCCAAAUGUGGUCAUUUGAAACUCGCUCGGUGCAUGUUCGACAACAUGGAAAAUAAAAACGAGGUUUCAUGGAAUAGCAUCAUCGCUGCUUAUGCUAACCACGGUUUCCUGGAUGAGACACUCGCUUUGUUCCAUGGGAUGUUUGAACAUGGAAUUCAUCCUGAUCAUGUCACAUUUCUUGCCGUAAUAUCUGCUUGUGGGCAUGCUGGCCAAGUAGAUGAUGGAAUUCGAUACUUCCGUUACAUGACCGAAGAAUUUAAGUUCCUGGCUAAAAUGCAACAUUAUGCUUGCUUAGUAGAUAUGUUUGGCCGUGCGGGUCAGUUGUAUGAAGCAUUUGGUGUCAUAAAGAGCAUGCCAUUCCAACCUGAUGCUGGUGUUUGGGGCACAUUGCUUGGUGCCUCCCGCGUCCAUGGCAAUGUUGAACUUGCUAAAGUGGCUUCAAGUUAUCUGCUUGAGUUAGACCCAAGCAAUUCUGGAUACUACGUACUGCUUGCAAACGUUCAUGCUGAUGCCAGUCAGUGGAAAAGCGUGCGUAAGAUACGAACAAUGAUGAAAGAAAGCGGGGUUCAGAAACUACCCGGUUACAGCUGGGUUGACGUCGACAAAAGCACUCAUAUGUUUGUUGCUGGUGAUGGAAGUCACCCCGAGUCUGCUGAGAUAUAUUCAUUGCUGGAGGAUCUCCUUGUUCCAGAGCUGAGAAGAGAAGGCUAUGUCCCUCAGCCUUACCUUCCUGCGCAUCAUUUCCCAGGCUGUGAGCCUUUGAUCCAGGUUUGUUUUAGCCAAUGGUACGUCAGGAUUUAG